AGAAGUGAAGCUGUAUUAUACAUUGAGGUCACGGAAGACAUUUGACUUUUAUUAUAUUGUUUUAGAAAUAAAUACAACAUUAAGUGACUAAAUCGCUGAAGGUUAGGGGUUAGUGUUUACCUUAAUGUGUUCCUCUUUCAAACUGUUCGGCAGGUGGCGCAAGGCGGAAGUAGUAGGAUUAAUGUCAAUCGUCUUCAGUAUAAAUUAAGAUGCAGCGCAGUUAAAACUAGUAUCUAGUUAGGGUCUGUGUACAUACUCUUAGGCUUAUUUUGUGGACUACACAUUCAUUCUGAUAAGUAUCGUCCAUUUGAACCAGUGUGCAUGUUUCAUCCGCCAAGGGUUUCAAAGGUUGUGAAAUUAAGUGUUUUUAUUUUGAAAAUCCAGCCACCGGAAGCAGUAUUUAUCACUUGACAGUACUGAGGUUUCACUGGCACAUCAGCUGAACAAGCUGAGAGGAAUACUGACCUAAUUAACCGUGCUGGGGACAGCAGCAACACCGACGACACCACAUAUCACAGCGACCGACUGAAGUACAAUUUCACUGUAAAUCUGCCAGAAGAGACUGUGCGUGGGCCUUGGUGUCAUUACAGAGAAAGCUCAACCAACCUGUCUGCUCUAGAAGCUGAUACAGAGCUGACAAGUGUGCUAUUGACUGCUGCAACUGAGAGAGAGGAAGAGGAGGAAAAAACAGCCACAAAAAUAAAAUAGAGGAAGAACUUGUCCUUUCUGAAUCUAUUUUUUGGUCACAGAGAUCAUUGUUUUCCAGAAUCAUCUCAAGGGAAAAGUGACUAUUGAAAUGUCCAUAAUGGCACAGCUGUCAUCAGCCCAGGUGACUGAGUGCAGCUGAGCAUUUCUGCUGCUGGACACUCUCAAGUCUCCACCAGUCUGUGGGCACUUGCUGCGUAGUUACAAAAACAAACCAAGUCUACUGUGUUGUAGAUAGAGGAGGGAAACGUGACUGAAUUUUUUUUGUAUGAUUAUUUUUACCUUUACCUUUUUUUUCUGUUUUGGUGGCUCACCUGGGAAAGAAACACAAGUGCCGGAGAGACGGACUGAUGACCGUUUGUGGAUUUGGGAUUAACUGAGCUGUUGAUUAUAUAGCACUGAAAGAGCCUGCUGGGGCUCAAGUGUCCAUGCACAGGAAUGCAAAUUCACAUAUGGAUCAUACAGGACAUUGGAACAUAGGCUGGGUGAUGUGUUGUUAUGCUACGACCAUGAGCAAUGAUGAAUUAACGUUGUUUUGAGAUAUGAGGUAAGAGUGAAGACUUGUUUGAGCUUCUGAGCCUGUGAAAGCCCCGGAGACGGCCAUGUUGGAUCUCUUCCUCAGAGUGCUGGUGUUGACCCGUCUUCACCCGUCGCCUCACAACACCUGGCUGCCAACCUAACUCCUCUCCCUCUCACUUCCUUCUUCCUCCACCCGACCGGGAGAAAGGUCCUGGGUCGCCGUGGAAAAUGUCCUAUGCACACCACAAGCUGCUCACCUGGAGCUUACCUCACCUCCUCCUCCUGCUGUUGACCUACGUCUUGCUCUUGUCUGCUCCCACAGGUGUUUCAGCAAAUCUGUGCCGGGUGACUGGCGGGGUGCUGGGGAUCCACUGGACCAGCACCAUCAGCCUUGGAUGGGAAUCUCUGGCUAAAGGGAUAGGCGGUGCAACAUGUUGGGAGUUCUGCUGCUUGAACCCGAGCUGCACCGCCGUGUGGAGCCUCGGCGGGCAGUGUGUGCUCCUCCGCUGCACACGGCAACAGGGCUGCCCCAUCACCAUCCUGCCUCAACCCCACCAAGAGUCCCUCGGCCUCCUUCAGCUGCUCUCAAAGACUCCGAACAUCACAGCAAGACGUAGAAGAGCUCGUCACGCAGAGCAUGAAGGAAAACACACAGGAAACCAAACCAGAAUGGAAAGUCCCAAGCAGGAAACGGGUCACCCAACUCCCCCAGUACCCAGCACUAUCGCACUUCUUCAAACAGCCCAGAAGAACCAUAGCCAGUUAGCCAAUGGGAGUGCAGACAAUGCUCCGGCUCCAUCACAGCAGAACUCAACGGACACCGUAGAUGUUGCCCCGUCUUCCAAUAGCAGUUCAGUCAUCACGCCUCCAACCACAGCUGCAUCGGCCUCCCUCACACCUCCAACUCAUGCCGUGAGAGAGCUGGUGGUGUCGGCAGGGGAGAGUGUGGAGGUCACGUUACCACGCAGUGAUAUUGAGCUUAACGCCUUCGUGGUCCCACCACCCCAAUCAGAGACAACCUAUGCAUUUGAUUGGCGUCUGAUCACUCAUCCCAAAGAUUACAGCGGGGAGAUGGAAGGGAAGCACACCAAGACUCUUAAACUCAGCAUGCUGACUGUGGGUCUGUAUGAGUUCGAGGUGACGGUGGACGGGGAUGGGGCUCAUGGAGAAGGUUACGUCAAUGUCAGAGUCAAACCAGAGCCGCGGGUAAACAAGAGCCCUGUUGCCGUAGUUUCCCCAAAGUUCCAGGAGAUCUCCUUGCCAACCAGCUCUACGGUUAUAGACGGCAGCCAGAGCACUGAUGAUGACAAGGUGGUGGCGUGGCACUGGGAAGAGGUUAAAGGGCCCCUGAGGGAUGAGAAGGCCAUUGCCAACACCCCCGUCCUCACCCUCACUGGCCUGGUGCCCGGGAACUACACAUUCAAUUUGACUGUGACAGACUCUGACGGAGCCAAGAACUGGACGCAGGCCACCCUUUUGGUCAACAAAGCCAAGGAUUACCCGCCUGUGGCCAACGCCGGACCUAACCAGGUCAUCCAAUUACCACGCAACGCCAUAACCCUGUAUGGCAACGAGAGCACGGACGACCAUGACUCCCUGUCCUAUGAGUGGUCCCUCAGCCCUGAGAGCAAAGACAAGGUGGUGGAGGUGCAGGGUGUGCGGACGCCGAUCUUGCAGCUGUCUGCUAUGCAGGAGGGAGACUACACCUUCCAGCUGACUGUGACUGACUCCGCUGGACAGCAGGAAACUGCCCAGGUCACCGUCAUCGUGCAGCCAGAAAACAAUAAGCCUCCAGUAGCAGAUGCCGGACCAGAGAAAGAGCUGACGCUCCCUGUGGAUCGAACUACGCUGGAUGGCGGUAAGAGCAGAGACGACCAGAAGAUAGCCACCUUUCACUGGAAACAAACCAAGGGUCCUGAUGGUGUGAAGAUCGAAAAUGCAGACAGUGCUGUUGCCACGGUGACAGGUCUCGAGGUCGGCACAUAUGAGUUCACCCUGACCGUGACAGAUGACAGGAAUCUGCAGAGCAGCGACAUCGUGACGGUGAUCGUCAGAGAAGAACUGGACCAGCCUCCAGUGGCUCAUGUUGUGUCGAGUCCGACCAUCACUCUGCCUGCCAGGACCGCCACUCUGGAUGGAUCCCACUCCACUGACGACAAAGGUGGAGUCAGCUACCUGUGGACCAGAGAUGAUAGCAGCCCUGCAGCCGGGGAUGUACUGAACAGCUCUGACCUCCAGCCAGUGCUGUUUCUGGGGAACCUGGUGGAGGGGAAGUACAGCUUCACCCUGACUGUGACUGACAGUAAGGGACAGACCAGUACUGACAGCGGCACAGUGGUGGUUAAACCAGACGUAUGGGAGCGGGAUCUGGUAGAGCUGGUGCUGGAGGUCUCUGUGUCGCAGGUCUCUCACCGUCAGCGCGACAUGCUGCUGCGCCAGGUUGGAGUUUUACUGGGCGUGCUCGACAGUGACAUCAUUGUGCGACAGAUCGGUGCGUUUAAUGAGCACAGUACUCGUUUGGUCUUCCUGGUGUCGGGCGGUCCAGGGCGCCCUCCUCUGUCAGGCCGCAGUGUUGCAUUCAGCCUGCGCAACAAACUGCGCAAACAGAAGAAUGACUUUCUCAUCUACAAGGCCCGGCGGGUGGAUACAGUUAUCUGCCAGCUGAACUGCUCGAGUCAUGGCGAGUGUGACUCUUACACACGGAGCUGUGUCUGCCACCCUUUCUGGAUGGAGAACUUCAUCAGAGCUCAGCUUGGAGAUGCAGAGAGUAAUUGUGAGUGGAGCGUACUCUAUGUGACCAUAGCGUCAUUUAUGAUUGUGGUUGCUAUAGCAACAAUUAUUUGGGGAAUGGUGUGUUGCUGCAACAGGCGUAAAAGCAAAGUCCGUAGAAGCAAAAGCAAAUAUAAAAUGCUAGAAGCUGAUGAGCAAGACAGUCUGGAGCUACAACCACAUAGAGCUGCCCGCAUGAAGCCGGUGACCGCUCCCACCUCCUCCGCCCUCAUGCAUUCAGACUCAGACCUGGACAGUGAUGAAGGACAAGGCGGGCCGUGGACGGAGCAGGAGCGCGGGCAUCUCCUGAGGCCCCAGAACGGCUCCCUGAGGAACGGGCAGGGGCCGCACAGAAACCUCGUACCUCUCAUCCAUGAAGAGAAACUGAUUGAUACGUGGAUUAAGGAAGGGAACGAGAUAACAGACGUGCUGGAAACAUGUUAUCCUACUGUCACAGAAACAUAAACACCACUGUACUGACUCUUCCCUGAUCCCACACUGAGCCACUAUGGAGGAAAAACAAGCUGCCCUUGCUGAGAAAAAGGGUCGAGCACUGUGUUAUGAAUGGUGUAAAAAUAUAACACAGAUUCCUAUUAUUGAACACAGAGACAUGAAGAAUGUACUGUAGCCCCUCUUACUAAAGGCACGCAAAGUUGCCUGAGUGACACUUGACUUCCUGGACAAAACAAAAGAAGCUUCAAUGCCACGAAAACCAGCCACUUGACACGCUCACACCUUGCUUUGUGUAGACAUGCAUGUACGCACACAAAGAGGUCAUUUUCACACUGUUCCAGGUCAACCUGAUGCUACCAAACUGCCAUGUUAAAAACCAACAAUUAACUCUGCUCUGAAGAUUUUUGUUAAUGGCGACAUGGUGAGCCCUUGGAAGGAAAAACACAACCAAAACAAGAGCUACCAACACAAAUGGACCCUGUUCCAUUUAAAAAACAAAACAAAUGUGCAUGAAGAGUGACUGCAGUUCUGGUACAAUUUGAUACUGGAAUGAUCGCCUGCACGUUUGUAUGGGUGUAUGUGUGGAUUUUAGUCUGGCUGCUGUGUCAAACAAUGUUUCUUUAGAGCCAAUUGAAUGUUUUUAUUUCUGUUAUCAACCCGUGGAAGGAAGAAUUACAAUGUUGCCAACAUUGGUGACCAGAUUCUGUAAAAAUCAGCAUCGUGCUUUUAUUCUGAAGGUUUCUGUGUGGAUGAAGUCGCUGGGACACACUGGAUUAAACAAUGUUAAUGAGUUUGGUCUCGACGGAGAUGAUAACAAGGAGAAGUUCACAACACAACGAAUGGGACUGCUUCCUUUCUCACCUCGACAUUCAUUAAUGUAACGACUGCUUGAACCAUGAAGACCACUGAGUUGUUUUUUCUCCUACAAACAAUGUUCAGGCUGUGAUUAGAUGUCAAUGCACUUUGAUUUCAUGUCUGUCACCUUUUUAAUCUAUUUUUUUCUCUUGGUUGAAAAGGGAGAUUUGUGAUGGUUAAAGUUGGAAAAGCUCAGGUUCAGAAGCACCUCAGUAAAUGUGACACACCUGUAGGCUUGAAAUGCAAAGGAUGGUGUAAGUUAAAUGUGUUGCAAAGUGAGACUUAUGUUUUUAUCCUUUAAUGACAUUUUGCAGAUUCUGUGCCAUCUUUUUGUGGCACCCAUACGAGAUGAGCACAUUUUCUUUGGGCAAAUAUUAACUUAAUUAAAUUUGGGGAUUAUUGAAGUAACUCGGAACAUACAGGAAAAUCUGAAUGGCAGAACAUAGACCUUAAAACAAACAAUCAAUUUAAUUUUAUUUCGGAUGAAAGUGAGUUAUGUGUCCAGAAUGACCUGAAACUGUUAAAAAAAGUCUUCCUACAAAUAAAAUGAGCAGGAUGGUAAUCUUUUUGUAAAAAUACAACAGGAAGGCUGUUAGAACACAGAAGAUCUAUGCAUCUAUUUUUCUGUGGAUCUAUAUUAUCUGAAGACUUUUUGCACUAAGCAAAAACGUUAACCAAAUGACUCUUCCCUUGCAUGUGAAACUGGCCAGUAAGUCCACAAAUGUUGUCACUUUUUUUGUUGAAUGUUAAAAGAAGUACGCUUUUGCUUCAUUUCAAAUUCAGUACUCGAUGUGAAUUAAGCAAUCGUUGAAACUUAUUUAUGAAAAAAUGUCUAUUUGGUACUCUUAAGAGAUCAUGUAGAUAUGCUGAAUUUAUCAGGGCUUCUUUUACUUAUUUCUGUGAGGCAAAUUAAAAUCAUAGUGUACUCAAGUGCCAACAAUGUGAAAACGUGCAACACUUAUUAUUAAUGUAAAGUAUAAAUCUUCCCAAGUUUUGCACAUCAUAAGAAAUUGCUUUUGGAUACAUCCCCAAGAUUUUAUAUUGAUUCACUCUCAUUUCUCUCACAUACAACAUUUGCUACUCACUUUUGGGAUUUAUAAAGUAAGUGAAUUAACUUAACUCUGAGAGAGUCCACUGUGAAGACGGACAAAGAGAACGAGGAUAAGCUGUUCAAUGAAGGGAGUUUAAUUCAAGAUGUUUUAGUUUUGCUUUUAGUGAAGGAUUUACCCCCUUCUUUACAUUUAUGUGACCACACCUGAUGCAACUGGAUAAUCUGUAAAUUAAAAUAAAAUGUUUCAGUUUGUUCUUGACUUUUAA